CGUCCCCUUACAAACCCAUCUUACCGAUGUUCCAAAUUUAAAAAAACGCGCGUUCUAUAAAUUGAAACGGAUUUUUUUUUAUAUUUUUUAGUGUCGUGUGCCAGUGCUUACGCGUAUAAUGUGGUACAUUUCAGACGUUGGGUAGCAGAAAUGGCAACAUUUCGAUGAUAAAAUGAUUGGAGAUAUUAGGAUUUGAACUGUUACUGCCAGGAGGGCGAGCGACUGAGAAUAUGAACGCGUCACGUCUGCCAGGGUUCAAUGACACCAACCAAGACCCGCCAUUCCCGACGUCCUCGGAAUGGUACGACGGCAACUGUUCGUGGGUGGACGCCGUGGCUUGGGGCUGCAACGGCACCAUCAACGGCACCAGCACCAACUCCACCACCACCGAUGUCACGUCGUUCGUCCUCAUGGCUGUUACCUCUGUGGUGCUAGCUCUUAUCAUUCUUGCUACUAUUGUAGGUAAUGUGUUCGUGAUAGCAGCUAUAAUAAUCGAGAGGAAUCUGCAAAACGUAGCCAACUAUCUGGUCGCGUCGCUUGCGGUCGCAGAUUUGAUGGUCGCAUGUCUUGUAAUGCCGCUAGGAGCGGUUUAUGAGGUUAGUCAAGGCUGGAUCCUGGGUCCGGAGCUGUGUGACAUGUGGACCUCCAGCGACGUGCUAUGCAGUUCCGCAUCUAUUCUUCAUCUUGUUGCUAUAGCUACUGACAGGUAUUGGGCUGUGACAGACGUAGACUACAUACACAUACGCAAUGAAAAGCGUAUAUUCACGAUGAUCGUGCUGGUCUGGGGGGCGGCACUAGUCGUGUCACUUGCUCCCCAGCUCGGCUGGAAAGAUCCAGACUACCUCGCCAGAAUUACACAACAACAGAAGUGCCUCGUCAGCCAAGACCUGGCGUAUCAAAUAUUUGCGACAAUGUCGACGUUUUAUGUCCCUCUUGCUGUUAUCCUCAUCUUGUACUGGAAGAUCUUCCAAACUGCCAGGAGACGUAUCAGGAGGAGACGUGAACCUCCUCCUCCUAGACCUACAUCAGCGGACGGCGCACCACCUUCUGGACGACCAGUCCAAUCAGCAAGGGACCGAAGGUUUGUUAAGAAACGGUUCCUCAACUUAAAGAAGUGCAAUCAACGGACUCGUGCGGAGACGUUGGCUGCUGCCCUGUUGUUAACUGAAGGUCAGAGCACCUCAACUGUGGACACAUUGGACGAAGAGCCAAGGACCACAGCGUUCACAAUCAACGAGAAGGCGCCUGCUUCAGUGUCCCCAGAAAAGUCUUCCUCGACUGUUACUAAUGGCUCGAAGCCCGAACGAGCAAUUGUCCCAGCUCCUACGCACAGAGAGAAGAAAGAAUCUCUAGAGGCGAAACGAGAGCGAAAGGCAGCGAAGACGCUCGCUAUCAUAACAGGAGCAUUCGUGUUCUGCUGGCUUCCAUUCUUCAUAAUGGCGUUGGUGAUGCCAAUCUGUCAAACGUGUGUUAUCAGUGAUUACCUAGCUAGUUUUUUCUUGUGGCUAGGCUACUUUAAUUCGACCCUAAACCCUGUAAUAUAUACAAUCUUCAGCCCCGACUUCCGCCAGGCGUUCGCGCGUAUUCUUUUCGGCACUCAUAGACGGGGCCGUAAUAAAAAGUUCUAACGAAAAUAUCACUAUUAUAUAUAUAACUGAGGCCUCUGAGGCCGUAUGGACUAUGGACUAUGUUACUCAACCUAUAUGUAUGAUAUUUCGCUUUCUGUAUGUUAUACAUACUAAGUAGAGAGUGUAAAUACGUUUAUUCGGUGAUAAUAUUGUAAAUAAUAUAAAGGUAUAUGAUAGAUGAUGUUGACAAUUGUUUUUUUUACGCGUUAUAGUGUAUGCAGCCGCGACGGGGUCGCUCGUGAGUCCUGGGCGGCCCCUCCGCUCGCUCUUAUGUUGUUUCA